AUGAGUCAACGAGAGAACGCCUUUGCUAACCAUGUUUUGACUUCGGUCAAAAAUGAUUUAUCAUUUUUGAAAGACAACUGUUACAUCACCGGAGAAGCCUACAAUGAAAUCCUCAAAAAUUUGCCAACCGAUCUUCGCACCAACAACAACGUUACUUCUCCUGCACCGCAGCUCCCUAUGCGUCAAAUGGGUGGCGCGUCGCCCAAGAAAUCUUACAAUGAAAUGUCAAUGCCUGGCACUGGAAACGCUCCUCCACCACCAGCCUACAAUACUGCCGUGAAUUCGCCUUCCCUCGGCAUGGCCGAAGCACUGUAUGAUUACAGAGCACAGAAUCCCGAGGAUUUAUCAAUUACUCGAGGUGAUAUCAUCCAAAUUACAGAAUAUGUCAAUGAUGACUGGUGGCGUGGUUCUCUUCAAGGACGUACCGGCAUGUUCCCUAAGACAUACGUUCAAAAAUUACCUAACCCACCAGUGGACUCGAAGCAGCCACCACCAUUCCCAAUGACACAGCCUCCUGCACCAAUGGGACCGCCUCCGGAAGCUAACUCGUACGCUGGCUAUGCCUCUCCUCCACCGCCUUCCACACCUGCCUCUAUGCCCGGCGGUGAUACCCGCGGUGGUUAUGGUGUAGGCAGCCCUUACCCUCCACCACCUCCAGCAAACACUCCGUAUAACAAUUACGGCCCACCACCCGCCGCUUACCAACCUCCUCCUACUCAACCACCUCCACAAUCCUACGCUGUGCCACCACCAUUGGCUACAGCAGCGAGUACAUCUUCGGCCCCAGCAGCUGUUGAACAUCACGAAGAAAGCAAAUUGGGCGGAUUCGCCAAAAAGUUUGGAAGCAACGUGGCAAAUGCUGCCACUUGGGGCUUUGGUGCAACCAUUGGUAGCGAAGCAGCCCAUGCUAUUUUCUAGAAUUUCACAUGUGAAUAUCAACUUGCUGCUCACUCGUGCAAUUGCUUUCUUGAUAUCAUUUUCCGGGUAGAAACACAGAUUGUUCAUCGUAAAUCGAAAUUCAUGUAACGAGAUAAACACACAGCAAUUAGACAUUCUAACAAAAUACCCAUGUUACAUCUUUCAAUGUGUUUAAUGUAGAGUGGAAUAAAAAAUGGUCUCCGAACAAAUUCGCCAUGGUUUACUGAUUGUGUGCAAAGUCAGCGACCAGAGAAUCAACCUAUUUUUCUUCAUUGACAAUGUCUAUCAGCGUCGCUAAAAGGACCAGUUCACUGCCGCCAAGCAUCCCAAGUAUGAUGGAGCCUUUUUCAUACCAAU